UCUGGGACUGAAUUCCAGCUCCAGUUCCUGUGGGAUCGUUGACAGCAGGAGCAUCUGCAUGCAGACGAAAUGUAUGUGUGACAACGCUAAAUGAUCUAUAUUUGCUGCGAAAACUGUGAAAUCGCAGAAGAACAAUGGAUCCGAAAAUAGCGAAGAAAACGCAAGAUACUCUGGGAAAAAUUAUCAAAAAACCGCCUUUGACAGAAAAGCUUCUUUCGAAACCACCCUUCAGAUUCCUUCACGACAUUAUGACUUCUGUUGUCAGAACAACAGGAUUUAUGAAAGGUCUCUUCACAGAGGCAGAGAUGAAUUCAGACAAUGUGAAGGACAAGGAUAGUAAAAUUGCUUUUCUUCAAAAAGCUGUAGAUAUGAUCGUUGCAGUGACUGGGCAGCGUCUUUCAAUGAAGCCUAUCAAAGUUGUUGCAGGACAUGAACCAGAAAAUACUAAUGAAUUCCUCCAAGCAUUGGCAGCUGCAAUUAAUGCAAAGGUGGAUAAUGAAGAGUAUGUAAAGAGGGUCCUUUCUGGUGGAGGAGGAAGUAGCAAGGGAGAGAAAGAACAUGACCGUGUAGACACAGAGAGAACACGGAGUGCUGGACGAAAGAGAGACUCUCAUGAUAAACAGCAAAAAGAAGAUGAAGAAAGAAAUCAAGAACGCCCAAAAGAUCGAGACAGAAGUCGAGGUGACAGACAUAAAGAACGUGAUGGAAAUGAGAAGGAGCGUGAUCAAAAUCGAACUAGAGACCAGAGAGAGAAGAGCCAAGAGAGAGAAGAAAAGCAUCGGGAUAAAGAGCGAGACAAAGAUCCUGAGAAAGACAGAGACAGACGCAGAAGGUUGGAAGGAGAUGCAGACAGCCAGGAUGCAGGGGAGACUGGGUCAGAAACCCAUCCCCAUCAGCAAGAAGGCAAAACUGCUAGUCACCAUGAAGCACAUGGGGCCCCUUCUGCACAAGUAGGAAGUUCACAUUCUUCCCUUAGCUCUAGACAGAAAGCUCAGUCUCUGCAUGAGUCUGGCAACAAACUUUCUCCUAGGCAUGCUGAAAGUUCACAAAAGAGUGAUAAUGCUGAGAACAGCAGUCGAAAAUACAGAUACACUGGACUUAGAGAAAGGCGCAAGGGGAGCAAAGAUGCAGCCACAGGAAAUGUGCAGAGCCAGCAUGGAUCUCAAAAACCAAAUUAUUCUGGCUCUGGUACAAAUACCAACGAUACAAAGCAGGAAGCUGCUAAAUCAAGGCAAAUACCAAGUAAGAAGUCACUUAAGCCUUCUGCUAAUGUGGCUGCUCCUAGGCAAGAUGCUGAAGCUGCACAUAGCAAGAAUUUUGGGGCAUCCACCGAUAAAGAUUCUGUCAUGCUGGAAGGGUCUAAUGCUUCAGAUUCUGUCAAACCAUCAGGAUUGUUGAAAGGUAACAGUAAGAAACGGGAACAGAAAUCUGGACCAAAGGUCCCACGAAAAUUUUCGCCACCAGACAAACCAAAUGAUGUAAGUACAGAUAGUGCUGAAGGGACAAAGCCAAGUAAGGAACAGGCACCAUACAGAAGACCUGCUCAAGGAAGUCAAAGCAACAUAAAUCUACAGAAAGAUGAGCAGAACUCUCAGGAAGGCCACUGCAUAGACAGUAAUCCCACAGCAAAGGCAAGAGAGAUGGAGGAGAAAGAAAAUGAAACACCAGAAACAAAUGCUGAAAAAGAGUCUAACCAAAGCACUCUUUUAGUCAGGUACUCUUAUAGUGUUCAACUUCAGCGCCCAGCAUCUGCCAAGGGAUCUCGUCGUAGGAGACAAGGGCGUGACAACAAAGAUGAGGAAGAUGAAGAAUUCCAGCAGAGAUUUCCAGAUGAUAACCAAGAGUCAGGUCUGGGUGACGAAGACCUUCCGCCACAGGUAGUUGCAGCGAGGAAGAUUGGCCGACCAUCCAGUGCACGACCUGCUCCACCGAGACCAAAGCAUGAAGGCUCUGAAGCAGAACCAACAAUGCGGUUGGGCUCAGGUGCACCCACUAAUCUUAUAACAGACAAUGACCGACAGUCAGAAGAUGAAGAUGAAAACUUUUUGGUAGAGGAGACAGCACUACCACAACCACCAUCAGUUACAGAUCAGGCAUCUAGUCAAGUGGUACCAGAAGAUGAUGCUGAACAUGGUGCUCUUGUGAAGAAAAUGCUAGAAUCUAAGAAAGAAGCAGAACAACAGCAGCAGCCUUCACUGAUUAAGAAAACAGAAAUUGAGCGUCCAGCGUUAUCUGAUGUCCAGCGACGUAAGCAGCGUGAGAUGGUUUCCAAGGAGAUUGAGAGAUUGCAGGGAUCAAUUCAGUCACUGACCCGUAGUGCCAACCCUUUGGGCAAAAUCAUGGACUAUGUUCAGGAAGAUCUGGACUCCAUGCAAAAGGAGCUGGACCGUUGGCGGGCUGAGAACAAAGAACAUGCCCUUGCUCUCCGACGAGAACGCAGUGUGACAGACCGAGCUGUUGAACCACUGAGGGCCCAGUUGGCUGAUCUGGAACGUGCCAUUUCUGACCAGCUGGACUUAAUUGCUGCCACCAAAUCAAACAUACUGCGUAAUGACCAGCGCAUUGACAAAAUACUACGCAGCCUUGCAAAGUCAUGAUGCCCUGGUUCUCUUAGUCCCAUUUCGAUGCUUGCUGAACAUCACAGGAUCUAGCAUAGCUGAAACUUCAUCACACUUGUCAGAUUCCUUUUAGCAGCGAGUCCUCAUAGUCCAGUCACACAUAGUUCUGGUUUUAAGAAAAAGCAUGCAUGCAGGUAUGUAUAGACAUAUAUGUGCAAGUGUAAACAAUUCUUGAGUGCACAAACCUGUACACUUAAGAAUCCUCUCACAGAUUCAUGCACCCAUGUAGGAAAAGCACACAUAUGCAUUAAUCUGAAAAAAAAUUAAAAACUUCUUUCUCUUGAUGUUUUAAAUGAUGUCUUCCAUGUGUACAACAAUUAUUUUUUCAUUGUCAUUGCUUUUUUUUAUCAAGAAAAGUGAAAUUUCAAAUGAGUGCAGAUCUCAGACAUUGAAAAAAAAAGAGAAAAAAAAAGGCAUGUAAAACAUUAUUAGACAUCCUACAAAUCCCUUUUGCCUAUUCACUACCACUAGACCAGUGAUGUUCAGCAGUUAACAUAUUAUUUACUCCCAGAGAUGUUUUAAACCGUCCAUUGUCAGCUUACUCAUAGGCUGCUUCAAACUUUGGGCUGACAAAUCUGUGAUAUAAAAUAUUUUGAUGUGCAGAAAGUUGCCUGUAAGUGUUAGGUGUGAAUGUAUGUAUACAUGUAUAAUUUGCAUGCGUGUGUGCACAUGUUUGCAUGAGGAUUGUGACAGGUAUGUGAAAUAUGGGUAGCAUGUAGAGAAUUGAGAGUAACAGAAAUCCAGUAGUUUGUCAAAAUUUUGUGUGUCCAUAAAUAAUGUUAAAUUUUAUAUGAUCUGAUAAGCAUAGCUACUCUUUUUCCCCAAGAUAUUGUAUCAUUUUAUUUCAUCAGACAUUUUAGUUAUUUCUGUUUCACUCUUGGCUUUAUUUAGUUAUUAACAUGAGAUUAGACAUUUGGACAAAAAAUGAUAUUUUGAGUAAUUUUUAGGUUUGUGAGACUGCACAUUAAUUUAUGAAAUCACAAAUUGCAUAUUGACAGCAGACAUCUUUCCCUUUUCUCUGUCUUUAGCUUAUGUUGACUUUGGUGUCUACAAGUAAAAUUAUUUUCUGCAUGCUGGGUUUAUUGGCCUCUUGAAGCUUGGCUCACCCCUUCUAUAAUACUUUUUUUGAUGUUUGAGUCAUCUGUUGAUGUCUUUUAAUAUUCUAGAUAACAAAGAUAUGCCUGGAAGAAUAUUUGUUUUCCUCUUUGUGCCAACCUGUCAAAAAGACAAAAAUAAGAUUUUUGUUGUAAAAUACAUCAGUGAUGAACAAAUUUGCUAACACUUAAAACAUAGAACUACAUAACCAAUGUGAGAGAAGGGUAAGGUUGAAUCUUGUGAAAAUGUUAAAGAUGCAGAAAUGUGCUUUAAGCUGGACAAUUUCAAAACCUACUUGACUACAAAUUUUUUGUUCUACUGUUUGAUUGUCUCAUGAACUGGGAUACAUUUAAAAAUUUUGAUAUACAUACUGGUUCCUGUCAGUUUGUAAACAUACGGCAAGCUUUAUCAGUUUUGAUUACAUUCCAUUUCUGUGGAUCUUGAAGGAACUUCUGAUAACUGUACAAGGUUAUCAGCUCAUCAAGCCUGCAGCUCGGAUCAAAGUGUUUAGGCUUUCUCAGGAUUUUCGAUAUCCCACUUUUUUGGGGACUUGCAUGAUCAGCUCUUAGUUACACAGUCUAUGGGUUGUUAAAAUAUCACCUCUCAUUCUUACAUUAUUAAGUCAUAAGCAAGUUUAGAUUGAUCUUUGUUUUUCCCUUAAAAAUAAUUUAAAGACUGUAUUUUUUGUCUGCUUGCAGCAAGCAGGAUUGAAGAAGACUAAUGUUAGAAUGUUUUGUGAGUGGGGUAUGAGAGAGUGAGGGAAUGAAGAAAAAGCUUACAAUUUAAAAAGUUUUUAACAGUAAAAUUGGUAAUAUUUCUCUCUCAAAGACAUCCACUUAAAGCUGAUUAAUAAAAAAAAAAAUAGCAUAAGCACGUGGUUAAUAAAAAUCAACCAGAUAUAUGUAAAAGAUACAGUUGUUAACCCACAGUAACAAGCAUUUACAGUGUGAUGUUAACGCUUUCUCCUAGACGGCAGGAAAGCCAUUAUGAGCCGUAGCAUGCAUAUGCAAAAUGAAUAAUGUAGCCACAUAAUAACUUGGAGUAUCUAUAGUGUAGACUCCCUGAUGCAGUCACUAAGUGACAAAGAUUACUCUGAAUUAGAUAUUUUGGCUACAACUGAUCAGAAUGCUAAGAAGUGUCCAUGAAUGAACAAUAAAUUUAAAAGAAUAAAAACCAUUAUGUUUCAUUGAUUUAUGAAAAUCUCAAUAUGCAUUAGCCUCGUGCACAUUAUUUAAAAUAAACUAUUUGCGGGUAUCCUGCAGCCCUAACCUCCUCGAGGAGUAAUAAGGACUAAACUAAAACUAAACUAUGCAGGUAUUCAAGCUAUCAGCAAUGUCUUGUUAAACAUAUUUUAAAAGAGGAGACCUGUUUUCCUUGAAAAACAUUUUGACCUCUCUCAAAAAGUCUCAACUGGGGCAAACACAUUCCAAGAGGUACAAGCUAGUUUUUUGGUGUAUGUGCAAACUGCAAUCGCCGAUCUACCCUUAAAUCAAACCUUUUGAGGUAAAUACUUUUUUCUCAAAUAGGAAUUUUAUAGAACACAAUUUAUGUUUGAAGAAAAUCUAUUUUUAUCUAUAUCAGUUGUUGUGCUCACUAAAGAAGUUAGAUUUGCACAAUAUCAGUCUCAGUGCUUGACCCAUCAUGGGACCUAUUGGACAGCCUACAAGAGUAAUCAUUUCUGGUCGGCCAUUGAGGCAAAUGUAACCAAUGCUUAGAACAUUUUUAAUGUUUCUCUGAUGUGAUGUAUUGCUACAGAUGUUCAAAUUACUGAUACCUUUUCUUUAAUAAAUAAUGUUAGUAAAAUC